GACCACCGCGAAAUAGCCAACUGUGCUGGACGGCGUUAAACACCAAUCAAUCAAUGGAUAAAUCCUCUCAUGUUAUCGGAUAUGUCUAUAAACCUACUGUUCGACAAUUUUUAAUCACCAAAAAACUGACAUAUCUCAUUCGCCGUUUCAGGAAUAUGGGAAAUUUCGUUCUUCGUAUCCGAAUAUGAUAAUAACGUCACGUCAUUGGUUAAAUGUCCAUGGUUUAGGACGUUUUAAACCAACCACAACGUUUUGAUGUACGCUUUUGAAAACAUUACCCAGAAUGCAGUAACGGCAAAUGAACAACAGCCUGCUUCGACUUAAAUUAUAACUUAACCGACAGACGGUGACUGAGUACGGAUGACACCGAGACAAUUUCAACUAAUGUAAAACAAGUGCAGACUGAGGCUCGUAAACUCUGCAAUCAAACACAGAACUUCGGGAAAUUUAGGAGAGCCGACGUUUUUGCCUCGGAAUUUGAAGACAGUUUGUUAUCAUUACUAAUACAUGUACUUUAGCAUUCUCAGUUUUUAAAUGUCUUCCCAGGGUUUUGAGCUAUGGUUCUGUGUUAAAGGUAUCAUCACCGUUAUUUUUAUUAAAAUAAGGUUCCUGCAACCACAUAUUUCUUUUGUUUUAAACCGUUUCAUAAUUCCCAUACAAACAUAUGCAUAAGAAAACGGAAGAUAGAUUAACUUUAAGGUAACAAAAUGUUGUGAUUCCAGUCUCCCUACCUACCCGAAACUUGCAUGCCUACCCUUACACUUUCUAUCGACAAAUUUGGUUGAACACUGGUUAAGACCAGAACAGUUCCCUAUAUGAGUCUUCGUAAAAUAUUUAAGCAAAAAAAAAAAAAAAAAAAUUACCUAAAUAACCUACCCAAUUUUCAAACUAUUAAAAAACGAAAACUGUUGCCAAUUUAUGGGGACUCAAGCUGUUCAGUUUUUACCAUUUCUUUCCGUACUGACCAAUUUGAAAUUGUCUGACAUCUCAGACUUUUGAAUUUUGACUUCUUUUAAAUGAAAUCUCUGUUGUCGCCACUUAAAUGAAAUUUCUCUGUAAACUGUGGAUACAUUUCAUAUUUUAGUAAAAAAUAGAAAUGGUUAAACUUCCAUAUAAGGAGAUAAACCUUCUGUUCAAAUUGCGUCACAAAGUAAGUAAGUUUAAAUACACCUAUUAUUGUACUUUGUUACUUACAAAAUACUGAUAAGGGCUUUACUUGGUCAAAUCAAGGCCAACAAGAUAAAAAGUGAUAAAACUAUAAAUUGCAACUAAGAAGUUGCCUCCCCUUUGUCAGAGUUCCGGAGUUUCUUUGACAGCCAUAUAUUUGGAGUUUCUUUUAUAGCCAUAUUUGGCAUUAUAAAAAUGGAUUUUUUAAAAUUCUGUGAUUUUGCUGUUACUGGUGAAAAUGUGGCUCAUAGUGUCAUUUGCGAAGAAGUCGAUGUGAACGAAUUUGCCGAUUUAACAGAUUUGGAUUCUUACUCUUCUUCAAGCUACAGCUCCUCAGGGAAUACCAGUCCUGUGGAAUAUAUGCAAGUUUACGAUAAUCAGUCCUCUGGGAGUAGCCCCGAGUAUUGUCCUCAGAGUGGCAUCAUGGAUCAGUCAAUAAGCCUCUACCAUGACCAAAAUGGUUACCAAGAGCAGAUUAUUAAAAAUGAAAUGGAGUUUGAUGAUUGUAGUAUGCAAACUUGCAGUUCAAGUGAAAACCAAAGAGGUGAACUUGAUGACAGCAAAAAAUCAAACAAGGCGGCUAAUCCGUCAGACCCGUUUCUACCUCCUUGCAGAGUUUGUGGACAGAAAGCAUCCGGGUUCCAUUACGGUGCUAACACGUGCGAAGCUUGCAAGGGAUUCUUUAGAAGAAGCAUUGUAAAGAUAAUCAAAAAGAAAGAAACCUACAAAUGCAGCAAGGAUAAAAACUGUCCCAUUGGUCCCGGAAGAAGGGCAAUGUGUGCCUUCUGCAGAUACAAGAAAUGCUUAGAUAUUGGAAUGUCACAAGAAGCUAUCAAGACCGGACGUUACACAUACGAGAAAAAGUUCAGAGAUACAAAAGAAGUAAUACAACUCCGUAACAAGGACCUAACGAAUAAUAAUGAUUCGGAUUUGUGUGGAAAUGAAACGGAACUUUUGGAAUUCAUAGAAAGUCUCAUUAAAAUACAGGAGAAGUUGGUCCCAGAUUUCAGGAAAAGUUUCGAACCAAACACCUUACUUGAACAACAAAAAGAGAUAUUUUUAAAAUAUAAAGAAAAGCAAGAAAUGUUUGGACAAAUGAAAUCUCUUCCUUACGAUGUUUAUGAAGAAGUUUAUAACGAGACUGGUUUGGAUCUCGGAAAUCGUUUUGAAAAAAUGGGAAAGAUAGCUACCAGCAUGGAGAAAAAUAUUCGCAACAUUGUAGAAUUUGUCAGACUUAUUCCAGGUUAUUCUCAGCUGUCAACCAAAGACCAGCUUCAACUAAUUAAAACAUGUUUUUCUGACUAUUGGUUUUUAGCAGCACAUAAAAGAAUUAAUUUAGAAUUACAAGUGGUCUGUGGUUCAGUUAACGCCCACUUUGAUGAACUCCUUGGAUUAAUGCAUAAAGAUUAUCUGGAUGAAAUAUGUCAGGUGACCACUAAACUACAGAAAUGUAACAUGACAAUCGAAGAAGUCACCCUUCUGAGAGCAAUUACCUUGACAGCUGGAGAUCGUUGUGAUUUGGAAAAUCCAGCAAAAGUAGAAGAAAUCCAAUGGAAAUUAAUCGGUUUUUUGAGAAGUCUUUUAAAGAAAUCUUAUGACAAUCCCGAGCAAAGACUUUGGCAGCUUUUUGAUAUUAUGACCUCUUUAAGAAACUUGGAAAGUGUUGCUAAAAAUAUUCAUGAACUUAGAUCAAAAUGGGCUGUGAUGCAGGACCACCCUUUGGUCUUAGAUGUUAUAAAAUGUCAUUAACUGUUUUGUUGUAAAUAAAAUGUUCAGUGUUACGUUUUCAAUUAA